CUGUCGUCUCAUUGAGGUGAACGCUGGCCACCCGGCCAGUCACACUCGCAACCAUGACGCCGAAACGUUGCUUUCUAGGCUUCCUCCUCAGUGUCCUCCUGCCUGGAGUGGUAGAAACUCACCCAGCCAACGAGUCUCUGAAACCUCAGCGAGUCCAUUUUCAAUCCCGAAAUUUUCACAACAUUUUGCACUGGCAGCCUGGGCGGGCUUGUCUUGGGAACAACAGUGUCUAUUUUGUGCAGUAUAAAAUGUACGGAGAGAGACAGUGGAAAAAUAAAGAGAACUGCUGGGGGAUUCAAGAGUUCGUCUGUGACCUUACCAAUGAAACGUCAGAUAUAUGGGAACCUUAUUAUGGGAGAGUGAGGACAACUCUGGCUGGGAUCCACUCAGGCUGGACCAUGACACAGCGGUUCAUUCCAUGGUGGGAAACAAAAAUAGAUCCUCCAGUCAUGAGUAUAACCCAAGUUAAUGGAUCUUUGUUGGUAAAUCUCCAUGCUCCCAAUUUACCAUACAGAGACCAAAAAGGGGAAAAUGUAUCAAUGGAAUACUAUGAGCUAGUAUAUCGAGUCUUCAUAAUUAACAAUUCACUGGAAAAGGAGCGAAAGGUGUAUGAAGGAGCUCGCAGAGUUGUUGAAAUUAAAGUUCUCUCGCCUCACACCGGUUACUGCGUAGUGGCUGAGAUAUACCAGCCCAUGUUAGACAGAAAAAGCCAGAGAAGCCGAGAGAGAUGCGUGGCAAGUCCUUGAAGUGCUCCACAGAGUGCAGUUCAAAGCUCCCUGAGAAUGGGACGACUUGUUUUGAAGAAUCUUGUUGAAAGCCAUUCUCAUAUUUUCUUUUUUUUUUAAAUUGAAGUAUAGGUGAUUUACAAUGUUACAAUGUUAGUUUUUAUAUUUUCAUAACACAGUGCUCAUCAUUAUACUUCAGGGACUUCUUUAUUUAAUAGUUCUUUUAUAUUUUAUUUGUAAAUUAAAUUUAAGCAGCACCUCUCCCCACUCCACCCCCAAAAUCAUCAGAAUUUAAAGAGUCCGAGAACAAAGGACUCUCUGAAAUACAGUUUCUGACUCUAACAUCUCUAACAUAAUCUCCAUUCUUCCAAGUCUGCUAGAUAAAAACUAAAGAACCAAAGAGGUGUAGGCAUUUAAAAAAAAUGUUGUUGAAUAAAUUUUUAAAAAUAGUUUUACAAACAAGUGAUCCAGAUAAAUCCUUUUUCAGUCUCUAUUGACAGUUUACGUGACAUAGGUAAUUCAACUUUCACAUAAGUGGAAUUUUUAUGUGAAGAAAUAUUUUCCCAUAUGUUUCUAUUUUAUAUGAAUAUACUUCAAAGACAUUCAUUUUCCAUUAUAUAACAUUCCUACUUAAUGAACCAAUAUUUUAUUUUAAGGUCUACCCUAUGUAAAUAAGAAUGGUAUUUUUAAAAAUUUCUCACAAUCUCUGGAUUAAUAUCUAAAUAGUUUAUCAACAAUAACAUCUAAAUACCAAAGAAAGCCUACUCAAUAAAACUUCCCUCAUUUAGCACAUACUCACAUUAAUAUUCGGAGAAGGCAAUGGCACCCCACUCUAGUACUCUUGCCUGGAAAAUCCCAUGGAUGGAGGGGCCUGGUAGGUUGCAGUCCAUGCCGUCGCUAGGAGUCGGACACGACUGAGCAACUUCACUUUCACUUUUAACUCUCAUGCAUUGGAGAAGGAAAUGGCAACCCACUCCAGUAUUCUUGCUUGGAGAAUCCUAGGGACGGGGGAACCUGGUGGGCUGCCAUCUAUGGGGUCGCACAGAGUUGGACACAACUGAAGUGACUUAGCAGCAGCAGCAGCAUAUUAAUAUUUUUUUUCUGUUUUUGUUUCCAUUUUUAAUACUGCCUGAGAAGACUAUAUCCUUAUUCUCAAAAUCAGGUAUAAUAGUUUUUAGCAACAAGUUAAGAAAUAAUGCCUAACUCUAAUUUAUACCACACUUAUUACCCAGCCCUUCCAGUGAAGGGUCUCCUGCCAGUGGGAUCUUCAUUAUCUCUGCAUACAAGGAUCUUUUGAAUGACAGUUUGACUGGGGACAUAGGGGAUGGCUGGGGACGAGGUAGAGACGUUGGUUUGCAGCUGAAAGCAUAGCAUGGGUGGUGGGUUUAUUAGGGAAAGGAGCUGGUGCUGACAGAGAUUGUAGGGCCAUUAAAGUCCCCCAACAACCUUCUAACAGCUCCAUGUCCCCAGUGAGUAAAGGUCUAUGACCUUGGGCUCAAGUGGCCUUCCUCACUUUGGGCUCAGCCUUGUAUAUGUGUUUAAGGUUGUCUUUCUUGCAAAACAACAUGAAUUGGAGAACCUUUAUACAAUUUCUCAUAAACAUUGUUCAAAAUGUGACAGAAGUAUAGAGUUUCUGGUUUUACACAGUUACAUGUAUGCAUGUAUGCUCAGUUGUGUCCGACUCUGCAACCCUGCAGGACUGUAGCCUGCCAGGCUCCUCUCUCCAUGGAAUUUCCCAGGCAAGAAUACUGGAUUGGGUUGUCAUUUCCUACUCCAGGGAUCUUCCCGACCCAGGGAUCGAGCCUGUGUCUCCUGAGUCUCCUACAUUGGCAGGCAGAGUCUUUACCCCUGAGCCACCUAGACAAUAAUAAACAUUAAAAAGUAUUCAGAAAUGCAAGGAGGGAGAUGGGAAGAGAGAAAGAGCUAAAGAAUUAGCUUCACUGCUUUUCUAUAAAGUUAUAAAAAGUGAAUUUGAGCAUACAUCUCAAAACAAAAGUUAUUUAAUCUGUGUUUUUGAAUUAUGCUUUUUUGGGGGGUUUACUGUCCUUUUGAGGGGCAAUUAACAGCAAUGGGAUGGGUUGGGAGUAAGGAUUACACAUGGCCAACAGCAUUUAAGUUUUUGAAGUUCAAUAUUCCUAAGGUCUAGCUUUAAAAAGUUAUGAUUGCCUCGUGAAAGUUAUUAGGUAGAAUCAAGUUUUGUUUCAUGUUUGCUAUACUUUGUUUUUGCUUUCAUGCUUAGGCAUAUGACUUGGGCAUUCUUAAGCAACUAUAAAAUACCUUGUAACAAAAGAUAAGUGUCAUAUUCUUCAUUGUAUUAGGAAUAUAUUGUCACACUAUUUCAAUCAAUAAACUUUUUUAUAAUCUUG